AUGUCGCAGUCACAGUUUCCUCGUAUAAGAAAGCCAAUACGUUGUGGAGGGAAAGGAAACUAUAACCAUGCAUAUCUUAAUAUCGUUUGUGUUAAAGAAGACAUGGAAAUCUAUAAGAAAAGGCCAGAUCAUCAUGUAAUUAACUUGGAAGAACCAGUGAGGAAAAUAGAUGGAGUUUAUGAUCUGUUUAGUGGAAAAGCGAGUCAGGAUGGUCGUGUUUUUAAACAGAACUUUGCAAUUCGAUCGUAUGAAGUAGGAUGUGAUGGAAAAGCAAGCAUGGGGUCCUUUAUGAAACGCUUGCAGGAAAUAGUGGUUCAGCAUAGCAAGAGUAUUGGACUCUUAUCUGGUGGUUUCUGUUCAACACCAGAGAUGGAGAAAAGGGGUCUUGUAUGGGUGCUCCGUAAGUUGCAGAUUGAUGUGGAACAAUAUCCUUCCUGGUAA